AGAGACAAGUCCCAGCUCCAACUUCUUGUUUUGUGACUUUGGAAGUUACUUAAAAGCCUCUGGUUUUUCAUCUGAAACAUGAGGCUAGUGGAUACGUCCCAGGGUGGCUGUGGGGAUGAAAUGACACAAAGGAUGUAAAGCACCUUGUGAAUGCUCAGUUCUCAAUAAAGAAUAAUUACUGGCAUUACCCUUGUUCUCCUAGUUUUAGAUUCUAUGUCCUGGAACCUGGUAGUUUUUACCCUUUUUGUUUGUUCAUGUUUUCAUUCCGUAAACUCCACUAUGCGCCUGCUUUGUGUUUACCUCAGUAGCAAAGGCUGGUUCUACAAGGUUGAAUAAUAUGCGCUCUUGACCCCAAAAAGUUUCCUUACAGUCAAUGGGGAAAGAGAGAUUAAAAACAGAUGAAUAAUUACCAAACAGUGCAACCAGUGCACAAAGGUAGCAAAGGGUACUAUUGAGAGUGGCUAGGGAGGGCCUCCCAGGGGAGGUGCUGGUCAAGAAGGGGCUCUGUUGAGGACCAGGAGUGAGGGGACAGCGCAGAAACCCCAAUGCCGCCACAAGACUGGAGCGUGAGGUCCAGGCAAGUCAGGCAGUGCCCAGCGGGACGAGCCCCGCUGGGUCAAACUGGGGAACCUAACUUACCUGCAGAACAAAGGGUAGUUUCUAAAGGCACUCUGGGCGGCUGGGACAGGAAGAUGUAAAUUCAAGCUCAGUCUGGGCAACCUCACAACUUAGCAAGACUUUGUCUCAAAAUGAAAAACAAACAAAAAGGACUAGGGGUGUAGCUCAGCAGGAAGGCCCUGAUUUUAGCAGAGGGCACAUUUACCAAGGGCAGAUUUACAUUUCUCAUCGCUCCCUGGGGUCGGGGAGAAGACAGAGCGGAGAGGGUGAGCUGGGGGCUGGAUGAGGUCCUGAGGACCCAAACGGUGCGACUGGAUAAACAUUUAGGAGAUAGGGUUGCACUGGUGUGGGGGGGGUGAGGUGGAGAGGGAGAGCAGCAGGUGCCUAAUAAAUGCUUGUCAAAACGCUGGGUCUCAACCCCGACCUUCAGUAGAUAAUGGUGCCAUUAUCUAAAGGAGAUUUGGAGGAACAGCUUUGAGGCAAAAGAAAAAAGAGCAUGUUUACAGAUGUGUUUCAGGUUGGAAGAGGAUUCUCAGGCAGGUGGCUCAAGAAAGAGGGAUGAGGGGCUGUAGAUUUCUCAGGUGUCAGUUGAAACCUUGAGCGAGUGAGGUCCUGCAGGGUGGGUAACCGCAAAGGUAAAAGGCAACCGGUCUGGGAGAGGAGGCCAGCAGCGGGUUCACGGCAGCAGGGGGCGCACUCGGGCUGGGGGAAGUGCACCGGGAGGCUGCUGGCGCUCUCACUGCCCUGGAGUGUUCUGCCAGCUCCCGGAGUAUAUGGAAUCUGGGGAAGAUCCAGGGUUUUCUGAGGGCAGGCUAGUACCUCUGAGCGGGCAGACACAGCGGGUCAGCCGAACCUUCAGAACCCGGGCUGCGCCGGCAGUUCCUCGGGGCAAGUCCUGUCAGCUGCUCCCGAAAGGAUGCUGAGCCCUCUCGACUCCUCAGACUUAUACUAGCAGCUUGGCGUUGCCCAUGGCAACACCCCACAGAGAGGGUCCUUACGCGAAAGACGUUCAGGGGAAUAGGGAAGAAGCGCAGAGAGCUUCAGCAAACCCGGCCGGGUUGGGGUCCCCGAGGGAACCGAGGACAGCGGGAACGGGGAUGAGGGGACCAGAGUCCUGACACCAUCCUAAUACGAAACAGACAAGCCCCAGGCUCCCGCUGACGGAUCCUCAAGGGGCACCUAUCAGGAACCAGGCAGACAGCACCGAGGAGAGGGCUAGGGGCAGGUGAAUCAGGAGACGAGAAGGCGCGCACCACGCCCGGACAAUGGUCCGGGAGUGAGACCCGCUGACUGUGCCUGAAAGGGAGCCAUCAAGGACAAGAGAGAAAAACCAGCACACAAAGCCUAAGGAAGGGGCAGCAAUGCGUGGGAAGGGGGCAAUGGGGCGGGGGGCGGGAGUGAGUGGCAGGAUCCCUGUGGAGCCUCAGCAUCCGAGCGUGGUACCCGGGGGGCAGCGGGGGAGACUAUGUAGCAGGCCGAAGAGCGGAGUGCAGGAGCAGGGGUGGUGCUGAGGGGCACUGACACCGAGCCGGGCGAGUCCGGGGGGCGCAACAACAAGCAACCCAGCAUCAGAGCCCGCAGGCCAGCCUAGAAUCAGGGCUGCGGGCAGGGCUCUGGAGGGACGAUGGGGUAAUGCCCCCGGUGGUUCCUAGCCCAACAGUGACACCGGCUUAAGGCUGCAGAGGCGAGGCCCACAGCUGCCCCUAGCCCCCACCCCCCCAUCUCUUGUUUGUCUCCAAGUCCGGCCGGAACCGGCUUCUGCUCGCCGGGGGGCAGGGGGGUGGCUGCUGAUUGGUCAAAGCCUGUUUCCAGCCCCACUCAGCCAAUCAGCGGGCGGCAGUGUUUUCAUCUUAAGGGCGGAAUAAAAGGGCUGGAAUAAAAGGGGGCAGAAAAAGCGCCGGGCGGGCCCGAUACACACCAGCAAGAGCCGGGUGGCUGUGGAGCCGGAGCCGGAGCCGGGCCGCUGUGCCGCGCCGCGCCGCGCCGCACCAUGGCGCCCACCCUGGCCACUGCCCAUCGGCGCCGCUGGUGGAUGGCCUGCACUGCCGUACUGGAAAACCUCCUCUUCUCGGCAGUCCUCCUGGGCUGGGGGUCGCUGCUCAUCAUGCUCAAGUCAGAGGGCUUUUACUCCUACCUGUGUACGGAGCCAGAGAAUGUCACCAACGGCACAGUGGGGGCCACUGCAGAGCCCGAACCUGAGGAGGUGACGUGGAUGAAUGGCUGGCUCAGCUGCAAGGCCCAGGAUGAGAUCUUAAACCUGGCCUUCACCGUGGGCUCCUUCCUGCUCAGUGCCAUCACCCUGCCCCUGGGCAUCAUCAUGGACAAGUAUGGCCCGAGGAAGCUCAGGCUGCUGGGCAGUGCCUGCUUUGCUGUCUCCUGCUUGCUGAUUGCAUAUGGAGCAAGUAACCCAAAGUCUCUCUCCGUGCUCAUCUUCAUUGCCCUGGCCCUGAAUGGCUUUGGUGGGAUGUGCAUGACCUUCACCUCGUUGACACUGCCCAACAUGUUCGGUGACCUUCGAUCCACGUUUAUUGCCUUGAUGAUUGGCUCCUACGCCUCCUCAGCAGUCACCUUCCCAGGAAUCAAGCUCAUCUACGACGCGGGUGCCUCCUUCAUCAUCAUCCUAGUGGUCUGGGCCGGCUGUUCCGGGCUGGUGUUCCUCAACUGCUUCUUUAACUGGCCCCUGGAGCCCUUCCCGGGCCCCGAGGACAUGGACUACUCGGUGAAGAUCAAGUUCAGCUGGCUGGGCUUCGACCACAAGAUCACUGGGAAGCAGUUCUACAAGCAGGUGACCACAGUGGGACGCCGCCUGAGCGUGGGCAGCUCCAUGCGGAGUGCCAAGGAGCAAGCUGCGCUGCAGGAGGGCCACAAGCUGUGCCUGUCCACCGUCGACCUGGAGGUGAAGUGCCAGCCAGACACCGCAGCGGCACCCUCCUUCAUGCACAGCGUGUUCAGCCCCAUCCUGCUGCUCAGCCUGGUCACCAUGUGCGUCACGCAGCUGCGGCUCAUCUUCUACAUGGGGGCCAUGAACAGCAUGCUCGAGUACCUGGUCAGCGGUGACCAGAAGACAGUGAUGGCCACGGUUGCCCUCUACACCUCCAUCUUCGGCGCACUCCAGCUGCUCUGCCUGCUGACAGCGCCUGUCAUCGGCUACGUCAUGGACUGGAGGCUGAAGGAGUGCGAAGAUACCUCUGAGGAGCCUGAGGAGAAAGAUGCCACCCAAGGCGAGAAAAAGAAGCGGGACCGACAGAUCCAGAAGAUCGCCAAUGCUAUGCGGGCCUUCGCCUUUACAAACCUGCUGCUUGUGGGCUUUGGGGUGACCUGCCUCAUUCCCAAUCUGCCACUACAGAUCUUCUCCUUCGUCCUGCACACGAUCGUGCGAGGAUUCAUCCACUCUGCUGUCGGGGGCCUGUAUGCUGCUGUGUACCCCUCCACCCAGUUCGGCAGCCUCACGGGACUACAGUCUCUGAUCAGCGCACUCUUUGCCCUCCUGCAGCAGCCACUUUUUCUGGCCAUGAUGGGUCCCCUCCAGGGAGAUCCGCUGUGGGUGAAUGUGGGGCUGCUAAUCUUGAGCAUGCUGGGCUUCUGUCUGCCCCUCUACCUGAUCUGCUACCGCCGCCAGCUGGAGAAGCAGUUGCAGCAGAAGAGGGAAGACAGCAAGCUUUUCCUCAAGAUCAAUGGCUCAUCCAACCGGGAGGCCUUUGUGUAGCACCCGCUGGUUCAGAACUAUGGCCUCCCGCCUGUGCUUCAGUGACUGACAGAUGUCCUCCCCACCCCAGAGGACCUGCACACACGUAGGAUUCUCUCCUUCACCAUGGCGGAGUCCACGCUUCCUCCAAGGCCCUAGUCCUGCCUCGGAGCUCUGCAGUGGAAGGACAGGAGAGGGCCCAGGAUGGGAGACUUUGCUGGACGAAGGACAACCCUGGCUCUGCUCUGCCACCCCCAAGGGACCCUGGGACCUUGGGUCUCCAUGGUGCCUGCAGGAGGAGCCAAGGUCACCUCCCAGCAGGCAGGCUCUGUCCCUCAAGGCUCUGGAUUCUGCCUCUUGCCAAAGCAGAGGGGCCUGCCAUCCACUACCCGCCACCUGCCCCUCGGCCGCAUGCCCACCGACCACGCCUGCCUGAGGACAAAGGCUUACACUGUCUGCACCCCCUCGCCUGGCCCCUUACCUCCUCCCCUGGCCAGUCGGCGGCUGUCUGAGGAAGGAAGGACCCGCUUCCUGUUGUUGGUGCUAACCCCUUUGUAAUCCCACUCCCCUGUGGCCUGUCCACAGCCUGUCCUCUCAUGUGAGUCCUGUGGAGAAGCCCUCCUGGCUCGUAGCCUGGAGAGGGGAUGGAGGCAGGAUGGUCACACAAAGCCACAGAAGCCAUGGACACUGGCUGAUCGGUUGUCCCCCACCUCCCCCUGAGGGUGGGGGGAGGGAGUACAUUUCCACUGCCACCCUCGGUCCAGUCUGAGACCUGAUUUAAGGGAAUUAAAGGGGCACCACCAGGACACCCCGUCCCCCAACACACACAGCUGUUUCCGUGGGCCAGGCAGGUAGGAACUCCAGGCCUGCGCAAGAAAGUGGAUUGGUCAGGGGUUGAGGGGUGUGUGUUGGGGGGAUGUGUGUGUACAUGUGUUAUGUGUGAGGUGGGGUGGUCUCUCGGGUCUGCCCUUAUCCCCACCAACCAGCCAGGCCUGCUGCAGAGCCUGUGUACCUGGAGCCAGCCUUGCCUCAUGGUCAGUAGCUUGUCUUGGUCACAUAACCACAGCGCCCCCUGCUGGCUGACUCCACUAGGGCCCUGAAGUUGUUUCUGUGGGAGAGGCAAAGCCUCCUUGGCUCACCAACCUGCCCACCUCUAUGGCCCUCAGAAGUGUGUCUGAGAUCUCCUGUGUGCUCAGAGUGGUGGGUUGAUUUCUAGGUCGUUAGUUGUUUUUCUUUUAAGUUUUAUCAAACUUCUUUUUAUAAAGCAAUAAAUCCAUUUUCCUCCUGGCAAA